AGAAUUUACUCGUAUUAGAGCGAGGAGACGAUUCAAACCCUUUUGGACCCAAAAUUAAUAUCAUGGCUUCUUCCGGCGACUCCAGCCAAGAUUCUUCCGGCGACUCCAGCCUAGAUUCCGCCUGCGACUCCAGCCAAGAUUCUUCCGGCGACUCCAGCCAAAAUGACGGCUUUACAACUAGUAGUAGUAGUAAUUUGAUAAAUCAUCGAUCUUUGAAGAAACAAAAGUUGAGCGUGACCAAAACCCUAGAUCGUAUUAGUCAGUUGCCGGACUCACUGCUAGCUCAAAUUCUCUCUCUUUUGCCUACGACAAAGGAUGCAUUCAAAACCUGUAUUCUUUCUAAAAGGUGGCGCUACCUCUGGGCUUCAGUUGAUAACCUCAAUUUCACUCGUACAAGUUACCGGAAAACAAGCGAUUUCGUAUCCUUUAUUGACUAUGUGAUAGCUCAUUUUGUUUCUUCCAAAAUAAAAAGAUUAAAGCUCGACUGCAGUCACCUGUCUCGGUACAAAUCGCAUAUGAGCCAGUGGCUUAGUUUUGCUGUUGAAAAAAAAGUGGAAGAUUUUGUGUACUGGUCAAAUUCGAAUAGAAACGGUUGCACAUUGCCUGAAUCUUUCUACACCUGUUCCUCGUUGGUAACAUUACAUUUGACAUUUUAUUGCUUUGAUUCUGGAGCCGUCAUAAAGUGGAAUUCUUUAAAGAGCAUAAAGUUGGAGUAUUUGGUGUUAUCCGAUGAGGAUAUUGCAAACUUACUGUCAGGCUGUCCUGCUUUAGAAACGAUGGAAUUUGAUUCAGUUGGAGGAUUUCUUCGAGUGGAAAUUAAUUCUUUAAAUUUGAAGAGACUGUAUUUGAAAGGUUUUACGUUUCCUAGUGAUGGACGUGAUCCAACCUUGGAAAUUGUUGCCCCAUAUCUUCAUCAUUUAGAGAUUUCAGGAGUUCAUCUCAAAUGUAGGCUUGUAGAUGUUUCCUCCUUGGUUACUGCUAUUCUUACUUUCCAUACUCACUGUAUCAAAGAUGGCCAAGCUCUUCUUGAAGAAGAUGCUGAUGACGAGGAAGACAAUUGUCGUGAUUCACAUCAAUUUUUUGGGAUCCUCGUCCGAGAUUAUCUUCAAAAGUUGAGAUGUGCAUCUGAGCUAACAAUAGGAAAUUGGUUUAUAGAGGUUAUGUGCAUGUUGCAGUUCAAAGGGGUGCAUAUUCCUGAAGUAAAAUGCAAAUAUCUAACAUUAGAGGAGUUGCAUCUGGAAAAGUUUAAUUUGUUUGGAGUAGCUGGCCUUUUGCGAGCCUUUCGUCAUGUGGAGACACUCAACAUAGACUUUGCUACUGCUAAGUUUAAUAUUGCCCGUUGCAACUUUGGGUUAAGAUAUUCAGCCAAAGGAGAAUCUAUUGAUUUGCAGAGCUGGACUUCAAGCUUUGAGUUUCCCAACCUCAAGAAUGUUAAGAUUGUUAUCUCCUUAACAUACUUGAAGGAUCAUUUAGAAUGCUGCUUUGACAAGCUUUUCAAACUUUCAGAAUUUCUGUUAAAGAAUGCAAAGGUUUUGGAGAAGUUGGUUAUCAUAUCAAAGAGAAGAGAGUGGGAGAGCUGUUGGGCGUCCCAAUACUUAAUUCGACUGGCUGAGAAAUUGUUAACUUGCCCUAGAUCCUCUGCCAACUCUGUAAUUAUGGUUCUCCAGGAGUGAGCUUUCUGUUAUUAGAUUGCUACUUGCAAGUAGAUUAAAAAAAGGUAUACUAGAAAAGAAAGAAUGCAAGUAGAUUUCUGUUCAGUUUACCAGUAAUGUUACCUUAUAUUUAGUUUUUGUAAUUACUGGUGAUGAAAAUCUUGAACUUGUCUAUGUAACUACUAACUGUUUGUUCCUGUUAUCUUAACCUUAUGAAGUACCUAAUGUUUACGGUUGCUAA